GAGUGUAGUAGGUCAUGUGCUCGUCCGUGCCGUCCUUCCGCCACCACACGCCAGAUUGCCGCCGUUAGGUUUACCACGCCGUCUUCUCGAAGCUUCUCGGGUCGUCAUCAUGGCCGGUGUGGGCAAGCGCCUGAUCCCACUGCUGGACCGCAUCCUCGUGGAGCGCUUCGUGCCGGAGGCGAAAACCAAGGGCGGCAUCAUGAUCCCGGAGAAGGCGCAGGCCAAGGUGCACAGCGCCACGGUCGUCGCCGUCGGUGCCGGGGCGCGCACCGAGUCUGGCCAAACGAUCCCAAUAGCUGUAAAGGAAGGUGACAAGGUCCUUUUACCUGAGUACGGUGGAACGAAGGUGGAGAUUGAGAACAAGGAGUUCUACAUCUUUCGAGACAGUGAUGUGCUGGGCAAGUGGGCCGACUGAGCCUGCUGUGUCUGCACCUGUCCAUAGCGUUGUCGUUGUCUCAUAGUGAAUUGCUGUUCGUGUGGCAGUGUGCAGCUCGAACCAGACUUUUUCAUUCUUUUUUUUUAUUCAUAAUAAAUCAUUGUACAGGAAA